AUGGUCCUCAAACGUGUGGCAAUUGGAGGAACCUUUGCAUGUGAUGACGCACUUGCCAUGCCAUUGCAGUAUUUGCUACAAAAUGCUGUAUGGGGCGUCAAUGUCGACUUGCAAUGGCUUCAGUAUGGUAGUUUGACAAAUCUUGACGAAUGGUCACAUGACGUACUGCAUUCUGCACAUCCAAUGGACUUAGUGCUCUUGGUUGUUCGUCUGAGUGACCUUGAAGCUCCUCAUCCUGAGUUGCAUCUUUCCAAGAAUAUCAAAGACAAUGCCACUGCAGAAAACGGGAUCGCUGGCAGCCCAACCAGUCAAUUCCUGAAAGAUCUUGAGCGGUACGAUGACAUGGCCACGAACCUCGCUGCUGCCCCUUUAGUUGUAUUGCUGUGCCCUUAUCCACCGACUACAGCAGCACAAUAUGAUGCAAUCGAACUUGAGAUACAAAGCAAGACGGAGGCACUGCAAAACGUGACCGUCCAUUCGACAAAGCGACUUGUAGCGCUCUUUCAACAGCAGUACACAACUGGGUUCUACGACGCUAUUGCCGAUAAGCGCCAGCAUGCACCGUAUACUCAAGCAAUGUUGAAUGUGCUGGGUUUGUCACUAUGUAGACAAAUAUGUCGCCUCUUCCGAUCGGCUAGCAACCGCAAAAAGGCAAUUGUACUAGAUUGCGACAACACGUUAUGGAAUGGCGCGGUAGCUGAAGUUGGUGCAAGCGGAAUCGAGUUAGCUCCACGCUUUCUCGCACUUCAGCGUUUCGUGGUUGCACAACAGAAGCGAGGUAUGUUGCUUAUGCUUUGCAGCAAAAACAUUCUUGCAGACGUCAUGGCGGUGUUUGCGCAACGUCGAGGUGACAUGAUACUCGAUCUGGAUAAGCACGUGAUAGCCGUCAAGGUUAACUGGCAGCCGAAAUCGGAAAAUAUUGCACAGCUUGCCAAGGAACUUUCUCUCGGGCUGGAUUCUUUUAUUUUCAUUGACGAUAACCCGAUCGAAUGCCAUGAAGUCGCGGCUGCAUUGCCAUCCGUAACAGUCAUUCUACUCGAACCAAAUUUCUCGGAAACAUUUUUAGAUGAUGAAUGGGUUUUUGACGACGGUCUGAGCGCAAAAUCACACGGAAGAAUCAGCACGAAGGAAGAUGGCAAGAGAACACUGUUUUAUCAGCAAAACCUUGAGCGCGAACAUCUUCGGGAGUCGUCAUCAACACAUAGGGCGUUUCUCGGUGCUCUUGGUGUCAAAAUCGUGUUCGAAGAGCUGGAUCAUGAACAAGAGCUUCAAACAAGAAGCUCUUCAUUUGCCCGAGCGCUACAGCUUCAUCAUCGCACGAACCAGUUUAACACGGCAACAACGUUCGCAAAGCGUCUGGAGGAAGACGCGCUUCUAAAAUACGUUGCUGCUCCGAACCACACAGUCGUUUGCGCUCACGUGACUGACCGAUUUGGCCACUACGGCCUCGUUAGUGUUGCUCUUUGUCAGCUUGUGCACCACAGCAAUGUUUUGCGCAUCGAUAGCUUUUUGCUUAGCUGUCGUGCAUUGAACCGCGGAGUGGAGCAUGCUAUGACGCGACGACUUGGCGAAAUCGCUACGAAAAAAGGGGCGGCAUCUCUCGAGUUUAUCUGGGAACCAACCGAGCGGAAUCAGCCAGCGCUUGCAUUUUUCUUAGCGUCAUCCAAUAUGAGCUUUACAGAGAAAAAUAAAGAUUCGAACAAGACAAGUCUCAGCAGCUCUGCCUCUGACACGUGGGUAAUUACAUCCGAUAAAGCGAGCAAGGUGUCGUUUUUUGAGUCGAAUGACAGCUUCCAUCGAAACAGCGUUAAGAUGGACCGGGGAAUAGGAACAUUUCUUCGCCAUCAAUUUGUCCUGUGGCUCCAAUAUCGCGCACUUUCAGUACUCCAGUGGAUACUGUCUUUCAUUACGUUGCCGCAUUCAGUAGCACGUUUACUUCAGCCGUCCCACACCCAGCGGGUUAGUGAAAUUGGGUCCGUUGGGUUGCUGCGCGUACCUCUUCGCAAUCAUGGCAGUUUGGAGCAGUUUCUCCGUCCGGUUUUGGAUAUGCCAAAUCAAAAUAACUUCAUGAUCUCUGGUGACAGCAUGACGGAUGCAAAUGACGACAAGUAUCGAAGGAAGGCACGGCACUUAACCAAACUGGCACUUGCUAACUGCACCAAUGAAAGAGGGCCGCGCGUAAUUUGGUCUGCUAACAGACCAUACGCGAAUGAACAAGCUGAAGCUCUAGACGAUCUGAGCCAGAAAGCUGCCUCCACCAACUCAAGCGAACCUUCUUCCAUCGGCCUCCAGCCAAUUUGCAAGUCCCCACAGUGCUCUUUGAUCAUCCAACGUGACAGCCGAUGUGCCUUUCAGCGAUGCCGCAACUGCUGCUAUCGGACCCAGCGGCUCCUGACGCGUUCAUUGUACCAUGAAAAUGCUGAUGCCCGACAAUCGGCAACACGCCAGCUUCGAGCAGAAUUUGCUGACAAAGCAAUGCACGUGUCUAGUCAUACGUGUAAAGUGCACCAAAACAAGCGGCGCCUUGGAGGGUUGUACAAGCACAAGCAACAAAGUUUACGCGAAUAA